GCCGCCACAUGAUUAAGGUGAUGCGGCUACUUGGAGAUUUUAGGAAUGCUAGUAUGAGAAGUAUUCUAGAGUAUUACAUACUCAAGCGAUGGACGUUGGAGGGGAGAAAGAAAGAGGUUAUUGGUGUGGAUUGUUCAGUUGGUCCUUCAGCUGCCGCCACUGAGAAUGAUGCGGGAAAAGAGAUAACAAUGCGGUACCGAGAACCCACUGCAAUGUUGAAUCAUUUAAUAGCAAACCAGUCGAUGGCCGAUGAGAAAGACUACAACAAGUGGAUGGGAGCACUUAAGAAAGUAUGAAAUGAGGCAAACAAGACAUUGUCAAAGACUAUAAAUAGCGAGGACAAUAAGUAUAUUCACUAAUAUCAUUUGUACAUUGUUAAAGUUUAAUAUCAUUUCUCUAACAUUGUAGGACGGUCUUUACUGAUAAGUGGGCUGAUUUUAAAGGAGAAGAGUAAUCCAAGAAGCCAAGGAAAGUAAAGUUAUUAGUCUAUGAAUGAAAAAGAAUGUCGUCGAAAGAAACAUGUCUAUAGGAAUAGAAUGAAAUCAGUCGAAGAUGAUGCCAUGGACAACGAUACUCAACCAGAUAACCAUAUUAGUGAUUUCUAAGAUGAUAAUGAUAUUGCAGAAAUGGUUAUGAAUAGAAAUGUAGGGUGGUUCAAAAAUGGUCUGUUGUGAUAUGAUAUUGACAUGUGAUGGCAGGAUAUGUUUUUGUAAUAGGUAGGAUAUUAUUCCACCUGUAAUGGAUAUUGUUCAGUGAUAAACGGAUAUUAGUUUA